AUGGCCCCAUUCGGAGGACGUGGUCAAUCUAGCGGAGGGUAUGGUAGUCGAGGCGGAGGAGGAAGCCGGGGCGGUGGUGGUUUCAGGGGUGGAGGAAGGGGAGGCAGGGGUGGGUUUAGGGGUGGGAGGGAUAAUGGGCCGAAGUUGCCGGCAGAGCUGCUUGAGCAGGUGGACGCCAAGUAUGGUUCUGGAGGCAAGAGAGAUAUCUCGCGGAAGGAGAAACGCAAAGCAGCUAGAGACGACAAGCGCGGACCUGCCCAGCGAUCUCGACGUGCAUCUCCAUCAGAAGGCGGAGAAGAAGAAGAGGAAGAGCGACCACCAGCAAAGAAAGCCAAGACUGCCCCUCCUCCCGUAUCAUCGAAAGGCAAGGAGAAGGAAGGGGAGAAGAAGGAGAAGAAGAAGAAGCUUCCCGAGCUGACCUUGCCCGGGACGGAUACGAACAAUGAUGUGGAGGAUAAGGAGAUUGCGUGGUUGGAGUACAUGCUCAAGAAGGAGAAGAAGCCGAAAGACGAAGAUGACUUGGAAGAUGGGCUGGAUGAUCUGUUGGACUUUACCGAAGGGCUUGGUCGGAAAGGAAGUACUGCCAAGGGGUCAAUGCUUGAUGAAAGCGAUGACGGUUUUGAUUCCGACGAGGACGAGGAAGAGAUGGUUGAUCUAAUUGAAGACGAGGAGGAAGAGGAUGAGGAUCAGCAGAGCCUCAAAGAAUCGGAGGAUGAAGGAGAGUUCCAAGGGUUUGGGGAUAGCGACGACGCUGCUUCAGAACCAGGACUUGAAGACGAAGACGAAUCACCACCCCAAAACCCCAUCGACCCCAAAGCCGGAGAAGCCGCUUCAGACGACCAACCCGCCCCCACCAAAUACAUUCCUCCCCAUCUCCGAGCUGCCCAACUCGCCGAAAAAGCCAAAGGCGACAAGGCCAAGAUCGAGGCUCGCCUCAAGCUUGAGAGGAAGGCGCAGGGUCUGUUGAAUAAGCUGAGUGAACAGAAUUUGGAAUCUAUCCUCGGGGAGAUUGAGGGGUUGUAUAGGGAUAACAGCCGUAACGAUACGACCACGACCCUCACGGACUUGGUUAUUCAGAUGAUAUCAAACAAGGCCAACUUGCUCGACUCUUUCGUCGUCCUCUACGCCACUUUGGUCGGUGCCCUCCACCGUAUUAUCGGUAUCGAAUUCGGCGCCCAUUUCACCCACACGCUCGUCAUGAAAUACAUCCACGCCUCGUCCUCCUCCUCGUCUUCUUCCGACGACAUUACAGAACCCAAGGAGAGCAUCAUCCAAGCAACCAUCUACGAAACGCCUGAUGCGGGCAAAGAAGCGCUCAAUCUUUUGACGUUGAUUGCGGAGCUGUAUAAUGCGCAAGUGGUGGGGUCGAGGUUGAUUUAUGAUCUUGUGAGGGGGUUUAUUGAUAGUGAAGGGAAAGAGGGCGAGGUGAUGGGUGAACGUGAGAUUGAGGGGCUGUUGAAAGUCUUGAGAUGCAGCCAACUCCGAUCCGACGAUCCCUCAAGUCUCAAAGACAUUGUCAACCUCGUCCAAGCCAAGACGAAAGGUAAAGAAAAGACCAUGACGGCCCGUGCGCGCUUCAUGGUCGAGACGCUCGUCAACGUUAAUAAACAUGGCAAAUUGAGAGCUGGGGCGGAGGGGGAGGCGGGGAAUGAAGCUGCGCAGAGGAUGAAAAAGUUCUUGUCUGGUUUGGGCAAGAAACGGAGAUUACUUACGUAUGAGCCGUUAAGAGUGUCUCUCUCCGACUUGACGUCUGCGGAUAAGAAGGGUAAAUGGUGGUUGGUCGGCGCUGGGUGGUCUGGAAACCCCCUGGUAGACUUGGAACAGCAGCGCGAGGAAGCGCGAGCGGGGAAGAAGACAAAGAAGAAUGCAAAGGGUCAAGAUGCGGAGAAGGAUAAUGAAGCGGCGUUGUUGGAGCUUGCGAGGAAGCAGGGGAUGAAUACGGAUGUUCGUCGGGGAGUGUUUGUGGUGCUCAUGACGAGUGAAGAUUACGCCCAUGCUUGUGACCGACUCAGUCACUUUAAGCUAAGUGACGUCCAACAGCGAGAGUUUGUUCGCGUGGCGUUGCAUUGCUGUGGACUGGAACCGACAUACAACCCCUACUACACCCUGAUCCUCAACCAUCUCUGCGCCAACUCUUACGACCACCGCUUCACAUUCCAAUACGCCCUGUGGGACUUUAUGCGCGAGCUCGAGAAUGGCAGCACCGUCCCGAAACAAAAGCUCGGCAACGUGGCCCGAGCCGUCGCAUACGUCGUCGCCCGGGGAGGGGUGGACUUGACAGUAUUCAAAGCUAUCGAUUUCACCGCCCUCUCCAAACCUCUCACCAAAUUCCUCACCACCUUCUUACCCUUCUUCCUCAUCGCCCUCCAAUCCAUCUCGCCGAUAUUCAACCUCCCAAAGGCGUUCAAGCAGGUGGAGUUUGAUGAGGAGAUUGUAAAGGAGAGGUUUGAAAAGGUGUUGAGUCAUUCAGAGUUGGCGGGGGGGUGGUUGUGGGUGUUGGAUCGGGAGAUGAAGAGUGGGGGGAGGUGGGAGGGGGAGGUGGGAGGUGGGAGGGAGAGGGAGGUUGUGAUGAAGGGGGUGGAGAUUGCCAAGGGUGUCUUGGGGGCGGCGGUGUGA